CAACAACAACAGAGCACCCACCCCUCAGCGGUUGCAGGCUUCACAUGAUUCCCCUCUUACUAGCCAAGAACAAAUUGUGGAAAAGGCCAAACAGGAAGCUCACGUAAUGCAAAGGAUAGGUGAGCUGCAGAGGGAAGGGUUGUGGGCAGAGAAGAGGUUACCGAAGGUGCAAGAACCGCCUAGGGCGAAGGCUCACUGGGAUUACCUCAUAGAAGAAAUGGUGUGGCUGGCAGCUGAUUUUGCACAAGAACGCAAGUGGAAGAAAGCUGCUGCUAAGAAGUGUGCGAAAAUGGUCCAGAAGCAUUUCCAGGACAAAGAACUGAUGGCUCAGAAGGCUGUCCGAUCCCAGGAACUGCAACUGAAAAGGAUUGCAAGUUGUAUGGCUAAAGAAGUCAAACAGUUUUGGACAAAUGUAGAAAAGCUGGUUGAAUAUAAACAACAAACAAGGUUGGAAGAGAAGCGUAAAAAGGCGCUGGACCAACAUCUCAGUUUUAUAGUGGACCAAACUGAGAAGUAUUCAUCAUUGGUUGCUGAGAGUAUGAACAAAACUGGAGCAGAGAGCGUUUCCCAUUCGGUGGUCUCUUCUCGAGCACCUUCACCCCUCCACUUUACAUCAUACGUCCGAUGGUGA